AUGGAAGAAAUGGAAGGUACAGAGAUGAAGAUAGCCAGGUUUACAAGUUGUCGUGGGGUGGCAUUUGAGAUCAAUCCUAACAGAAGCAACCCUUUUGCAAUUGGAUCACCACCAACAAAGCAGGAUCGAACUCACACUUGGCUUUGGCUCCCAUGGACUCGAACCAGUUCAUUCAAAGUUCUUCCUCAGCCUAAUACAAUUAGUCCAAAUCGGAGUAGGACUAGCAGCCACUUCUGUGACAUUGACAUUGAUGCUGAUGAUGUUGAGGUAAUAGAGUUCCUAGCUGAAGUUCAAGAUAUAGAAAAACCAGAAAAAGCUAUUGGGGUUAAGGCACAGAAGCUACUACCCAAAUCUGAUCCACCAAGGAGUUCAAGGCUAUCCAUAAUUCUGCUAGAUCAAGGGUUCACAGUUUACAAAGGGCUAUUUCUUGUUUGCAUGAUCUUGAAUGUGGUGGCAUUGACUCUUUCAGCUGCAGGGUAUUUCCCAUAUGCCAAGACCAAAGCUGCACUAUUCUCCAUUGGAAACAUUCUAGCUCUAACAUUGUGUAGAAGUGAAGCAGCCUUGAGAGUGGUUUUUUGGUUGUGUGUGAAAACUAUUGGGAGGCCUUGUGUUUCUCUUAGAAUCAAAACUGCCACCACUUCAUUCCUUCAAAGCCUUGGAGGAAUUCAUAGUGGCUGUGGUGUUUCUUCUAUAGCCUGGCUUGUUUAUUCUCUAGUUCUUACUAUGAAAAACAAAGACAAAUCUUCCCCAGAGAUUAUUGGGGUUGCAUUUACCAUACUAUCACUCAUUUCACUCUCUUCACUUGUCUGGUUAUUCAUUCUUCUUUCUUUAAGUUAUGAACCCAAUUCACAUACCUAUAACUUGACCAUAUCUAUGGUGGUCAAGAAGCAAGAAUUUUGGUUCACUUUAGCCAUCACAAUUCUCAUUGUCAUUCCUUGGUUAACUAUUAGAAAGGUACCAGUUAGUGUAUCAGCACCAUCAGGCCAUGCUUCAAUCAUAAAGUUUGAAGGUGGUGUUCAAGCAGGGUUACUAGGUAGAAUAAGUCCAUCACCCUUUUCAGAAUGGCAUGCUUUUGGAAUCAUAUCUGAUGGAAAGAAAGAGCACAUGAUACUUGCUGGUGCAGUUGGUGACUUUACCAAGUCCUUGAUUUCUACCCCACCAAAGCAUCUUUGGGUUCGCACAAUGCAUUUUGCAGGCUUGCCUUACCUAGUGAAUUUGUAUCAAAGGGUGUUGUUAGUGGCCACAGGCUCUGGAAUUUGUGUGUUCUUAUCAUUUUUAUUGCAGCCAAGCCAAGCUGAUAUAAGUGAUUUGGUGAAUAAAUAUUCAAAGGACAAAGUGAUAGUUCAUGACACGGCAAUUUCAGGUCGCCCCAAUGUGGCUGAGAUGAGUGUGGAUGCUGCUAUUAGGUGGAAUGUUGAAGUGGUUAUUGUUACUAGCAACCCUGAAGGAAGUAGAGAUGUCCUUAGAGCAUGCAAGAGGGCUAAGAUCCCUGCCUUUGGCCCCAUUUGGGACUCUUGA